AUGGCAGAAUCUCACAAUCCUACUUGUGUUGCUCUGUACGACUCGUCUUAUGCUAUACUAUUUGAUGAUGGUUCAUGGUUACAUCAAGGUUUAUCAAAUAACUUGAUAAAAACGGUGCGACGAAAGAAAUCUGCUAUUGAAUUUUUAACGCUUGGACCAGAUGAUCAAUGGUUUCUAAGAUUUAGUAAUGGUGACGUGGAUUAUAAUGUAGAAGAUGAUGGAUUAGAAUAUGAAUUGGAGCGCUCCACAAGUUUACCAUACAAAGUUUGGUUUAAUAGUAAUAACGGAUAUGUAAUACAAGAUGAUGAUUUGAAGUGUUCUUGGGGAAACGUUCCAUUUGAUUUUCAUAACAAAUUAAAUGGCCGCCAGAAGUCUUUACCGACGGUUUCAGAUAUAGCAUUUGGUCCGAAUGAUACAUGGUGGGUAUCGUUUCAAGAUGAGACCGCUCGUUGGUCACCUGACUUACCUUCGAACAUAGUUAGAAAGUUGAACAAAACCAAGUAUCUUGUAUUAGAUCCGAUGGAUCAUACUAACUAUUUCAUCGUUAGAGAUAAUGGUAGUUUUGAAUGGCAAGUUAACGAUGAUUUUGAUAAUGAUAUAAAUAAUGAUAGUGAUGAUGAAGAUGAAGAUGAUGUAAUUUAUAUGAAUCCAAAAGAUAUACGUUAUACGCAAACAUCCAUUAGUCACCGUUUUUUGAACGGUAAAAGUAUACAUGAUGUACGUGACGAUCUGAAUAACAACUUAAUUAGCGUUCGCGAUAUACCAAUGAUUAGCGCAGUGCGCACACGAAGCGGAAAUAUUUGGUCGUUAAAUAAUCGUCGUCUCUGGUGUUUUCGUCAUGCACAGAACAUUCAUCGAAUUCCGGUUCGUAUCGUAGAUGAACGGCCAUCAUGGUUCAACGAACGAAUUCAGCAACUGGAAAAUCCAUUUCAGAUUCACGUGCGAUAUUCAGACGAUGAUAGUGGAUCUGAUUCAGACGAAUAG